UAUGAAUGAAUGAAUGAAAUGAGAUCACGUGUUUAUGCUGUUCUCCCCUACGCUAAUUUACGAGUAGACUGUUCCAAGAGGUCAACGUGUUGGGUUACGAAUCAAUAGCCAAAUAGGGAUUUUUCAUGUGUAAGAGAUUGGAUUUAUAAACGUGUAAAACACAAGUUUUGUGAAUGGAUUUAAGAUUGACGUGUGAGAAAUAAAAUUGGAUUUAUUGUGAUGUUUAUCACUAAUUACAGAUUUAAAGAGAGAUCAUGAGCUGAAAUCUGUGAUCAAAUACUUGAAAUAUGACUAUAGACUCAAAUAUGUUAUGAGAUCGAGUCAGCUUCGACAGCCUCGGCAAACUUUACCUCCUCCUGAUGCGGGAGGAUUUAUAACUCUUGAUCAGAUACGACCUCACCCUCGGGUUCAAAAUGACUAUAUAGACAGUCCUCCACGACCAAAACCCCCGGGCAAUUUGAAAACCAUCAGCUCAGGGGGAAGUGGUAUUGUUUCUACGCUACGAGAGAAUCAGAAUAACCGAACGCGAGGACUACGCAGUUUGAACACUCAUAUUAUCAGUGCACCACCAUUGACUAAUGUUUCGCCUCCAUUGAAAAAGGAUCCGGUUAUAAAGGAGGAUGAUUCAAUUAUUUGCAAAAAAUGCCACAAGUGUCGAUGUGGAGCAUGUACAGAUCCACAGGAGUUACCGAGUAAGUGGCUAUGUGGGAACACGUGUCACGUCAGUGGACAAUGUUGUAUAGAGACUGCAUCAUGUUAUUGUUGUGUACAGGCAGUGUUUUAUCACUGUGGUGGGAAGGACGAACAAGACGCAGACUAUGACUGUUUGGCUGAUCCGUGUGCUUGUUGCAGUCAGCCUAAUUGUGUUAAGCGAUGGACGUGCAUGGCACUAAUGGCUCUUUGUCUACCAUGUCUCUGUUGUUACUGGCCAAUGAAAGGGUGUCUAAAGUGCUGCACAAUGUGUUAUAACAAGUGUCGGAAGAAAGGUUGCCGGUGUGCAAAAAACUCCAAACCUAAAAAAAUUGAAAACGGGUCACAGUCUCCUAGAAGACUAUUAUUGAUUGAAUCAGACUCGUCUAGUGCGUGAUAAUUGUGAUAUGUUGUAUUUGUUCUAUUGCAUUCUAACAUGCUGUGUGGUGAAGGGGAAGGACAUGAUGUGAUGAUGCAUUUUCAAAACAGCUUCUGUGAUGUGACGUUCAUUGAGAAAUAAAUCCUUGAAAUUUCUGUUUUCCAAGGCUAAUUUAUACACAAUAGUGUCGUUGUGAACAAUAGUCUUAGACUUAAACCUCGUUGGCUUUAAUUCAAUAAAUUCUUUUUGACACCCAACAAAACUUUACCACUUGUAAAAAUAAAAUUAGCAAAAUUUUUAGACAAUCCAAUAAGUAUAUAUUGCACAUGUACAAAUUAUAUACUUUCAAAUUCAAAUUCAUUCAGAAACCACUGUG